ACCGACAUUCACUCCCCCAAUGCAAUGCAGCCAGCACUCGCAUCCCGCCUCAUGGCUCUGCCGCCUGAGCUGCGCUGCCACAUCUACUCUUUCCUGCCCGAGCUCGUGUACAGGUACAUAUGGCCUGUUGUCAAGUCUUCUCCCGUCGGCGUGUGCAGCUGGCCGUACUAUAGGCUGCCGACGUCGCUGCUCUUGAUCAGCAAGCUCAUUUAUCAAGAAACCAAAGAUGCAUCGGUCCAAAAACAACUGUAUGAUCUCAAUGAGCGACAUCUGCCUGUCGUUGUUUUGGGGCCAGCCGAUUUACUGUACCAGCCACGAAAUGGUUUCAUGGACGAGCUGUUCGGUCUCUUGUCAAGACACAAUGGCAACACUUCGUCAGUGUACAAUGGCAGUAACACGCUGGCUGAACGUACUCUCAAGCAUAUAUGCCAUGAAAUCAAAGCUUGGACCAACCACGCUCUCGAGUCUAGGCUUGGAGUCAACUGGGAACAAGUUUACCAGCGCCUCCCUAAAGAGCUAGGCUACUCGGAAGAAAAUCUGGACACUUUCGUCGCGUGCACCUUGGCCAGGAUGGCACAUAACAAUGCCAAAGAAGCCCGGAUUCGACUGGUGGUUUGCGGCAGCGCUUUUAACGACGCCUGGAUCUGGGAAAGACGUAUGAUGGACUAUGUUAUUCAGUACAAGAUGAGAGCACUCAUGAAUUUCCGUUGCGAUGCUGAGAGUAUGCGUUCUAGCGAAGCAGUGACUGUUGUUCUUCCGCCUCAACCACAUGGAAGUUAUGUUCAUAACUUUCUUACAAGGAUGCAGGAGGAAAACUUUGGUUUCAAACUAGAAGCACCGUCAAUUCAGGACGACCGGCUGUUCAGUAAGCAUGUUCAUUACGCCGAUCAUUAUGGCGAUGAGAGAGCAGAUAAGUCAUAGAAGCUAGCCAAGCGGUCUCUGGCAGUUUCUGUUCUAUAUCAGACAGUCAUCGCAGAAGUGAUACCUUCGAAGUAUAAAAUCUAUUCAAGUUUUGUGA